CGAGUCAACGUUAAAAACAAAGUCUCUGCAAGAUAGUGUAAUUUUUCAAGUAAACUAACGUUUCUAGUGAUUAGAAACAAAGGGAGAACAGAUGCAGUUGCGGGUAAAUCACAACUUCCACCCAGAGAGUGAGGUGAACAUCAACAAGCUGGUGAACAUCAAGCUGACUGCAUCCUACACCUACCUCUCUCUGGGGAUGUAUUUUGACAGGGACGACGUGGCUUUGCGCAGCUUCUCUAGUUUUUUCCUGGAGCGCUCUGUGAAGGAGAGGGAGCAGGCCGAAAAAUUGCUGGAAUACCAGAAUAUGAGAGGCGGUCGCGUUCUUCUUCAGCCCAUCGCUAAACCCAGCAGGGAGGACUGGCGAGGUGGCCUGGAUGCCAUCACCUUCUCCCUGGAGUUUCAGAAAACCCUCAAUACGUCCCUCCUCGAGGUGCACCGUGGUGCCAAUACUCACACUGACCCCCAUCUGUGUGACUUCCUAGAACAGCACUUCCUGUCCGACAGCCACGACACCAUCAAGAAGCUGGGUGACCAUCUGGGCAGCCUGACCCGCCUCACUUCCUCUGAGACCCAUGGCUCCAUGGGAGAAUACUUGUUUGACAAACACACCCUGUAAGACUCACAGCAAGAAGAGAGCACAGCUUUCACACAGGGACUGGAGUCUGGAGAGUUGUGCUGGGCAGAACGUCCUUUCUAACUGUGCAUGCAUUUCCGUUAUAAGUAGCACUAAAGUGGGAUUUAGCAAUAGAACCACAUACCUCUUACAGUACGUACAGAAAACAAUGCAAGACAAUGGAACAGUUGAAUACCUCAACACCCGUUUACCACUUCUGAUGUGAACAGUGGUUACCACUGACAAACAAAAAGGUGUAAUGGGUUCGCACUGAAAAAUAUGUCGCAUAAAGCUUACUAUUCAAUUUUUCUAAAUUAUUUUCACUGCAUCAGGGAUAGCGUACAAAGACGUUUCGGCUUUACAUCCUUCAGUGUGUAGGUACAAUUUUUUUUAAAUUCAAAAUCUCAUUUUUAGAGAACACCCGAUGAGCAGCAGGUACUUCUGAUCAGGGUUGCCACUCAUCUGCCAAUCAGGUAUGUGGCGUUUCUGGCCUACCUGUAUACAAAUUAGUCACAAAGUAAUACAGAAUUAUAGGGUAUGGGAGUGGGUACGAAGUGCAACCGCCCCAGGUGUCUGUUCACCUAAACAACUCUGGUGCUAUAAGUCAACUUGGUUUCUGCCAUAGAGUUGAUCAAGCAUUCCAGCAGUAAAUAUGCUUCAUUGUGUUGUGCAUUCCUACAUAUUUCUGAAUCAGUGCUGUGUUACACCUAGUUUCAUUACUCCAAAAAGCAGCAUAUGAUCAAAUAUGUUGUAAAGGAUUUAAGCAAUAGUUGAAUUUGAAUAAAAGUAACACUAUU